CCGGUACUUACGUCAACAACGUAUCGCCCAGGCGUGCUGCACAUGUAGGGCAGUGGUCUGUGGUAGAUGUUUUUCUUGUUACAGUGUGUCUCGACAUUGUUUUAGUCGGAUUACAACAUCUACAUCAGUAUGGGUAAGAAGAAAACAGGCGGAGGAGCCGCGCUGGGCAGAUCUCUGAUAAAGGAGAGACUCCAUGCAGGCCGAGGGAAGAAGAGAGGCGACUCGUGGAUCCACACCAGUGAGCUGAACGAUGGCUACGACUGGGGACGGCUGAACCUGCAGUCAGUGACAGAGCAGACGUCAAUGGACGACUUUCUUGCCACUGCUGAAUUGGCAGGAACAGAGUUUGUUGCAGAGAAACUCAACAUCAAGUUUGUGCCGGCUGAAGCUAGAGCUGGCUUAUUAACAAAAGAAGAGAGAACCAGGCUGAAAAAGCUGCAUGAAGAAAACCAGCACUUCCUCAGAAUUCCUCGCCGCCCCCACUGGGAUGAAAGCACCAGCCCAGAAGCGCUUCAGCAAGCAGAGAAAGACAGCUUCUUGGAGUGGAGACGAGUGCUUGCCGACCUGGAAGAGGAACAGAAGUUAAUUCUCACGCCCUUUGAGAGGAACCUGGAGUUCUGGAGACAGCUCUGGAGAGUCAUCGAGAGGAGUGACGUCGUCGUUCAAAUUGUCGAUGCAAGAAAUCCAUUGUUGUUUCGAUGUCCUGACCUGGAGUUGUAUGUAAAGGAAGUGUCAGAGCAUAAGGUCAACAUGCUGUUGGUGAACAAGGCCGACCUCCUGACCAGAGAGCAGAGGCGAGCGUGGGCCAGACACUUCCAGAAAGAGGGGUUAAGGGCUGUUUUCUGGUCUGCAUUGGCUGAGGGCGACAGACUGGAUGCAGAGGAAAAGGGCAUGGAAGUGGAGGGUGAGGAUGAGGAGUGUGAAAACAGUGACCCAGAAGAUGAAGGACUGCCGGACAAUGAAGACAUCGCGACUGAAAAGGGGGCAGAUGUAGAGGCUGAGCAGAAUGAGGACAGUAGUUCGGAAGAAGAGCAGCGGGAAAGGAUAACUGUAGAUGAGAAGGAAUGGCACAGCUGCUCAGAAGAUGAGGGUGAAGAAGAGGCGGGGGCUGCUGGUUCAUCCAGAGAAUCCUCCUUCCAUAACUCCAGCCGCCUGCUGCAUAUGGACGAGCUGCUGGACAUGUUUAAGGCUGUGCACAACGGGCCGAGGUGUAAAGACGGACAACUGACUGUGGGACUGGUGGGGUAUCCUAAUGUGGGAAAGAGCUCCAGCAUCAACACUAUUCUAAGACAUAAGAAGGUGUCUGUUUCAGCCACUCCCGGUCACACUAAGCACUUUCAGACUCUGUAUGUGGAUCAAAGCCUGUGUCUGUGUGACUGCCCGGGUCUGGUCAUGCCCUCCUUUGUUUCAACCAAAGCUGAGAUGAUCUGCUCUGGGAUCCUGCCCAUUGAUCAGAUGAGAGAUCACGUACCUGCAGUCUCCCUUAUAUGUCAGUUGAUCCCUCGGCACGUGUUGGAAGGCACCUACGGCAUCAACAUCAUCCGACCACGAGAGGAUGAAGACCCCGACAGAAACCCCACCUCUGAGGAGAUGCUGAUGGCUUAUGGAUACAUGAGAGGAUUUAUGACGUCACAUGGCCAGCCCGAUCAGUCCAGAUCUUCCCGUUACAUUCUGAAGGAUUAUGUCAGUGGAAAGCUGCUGUACUGCCAUCCUCCUCCUAAAAUUAAUGCUGAAGACUUCCAGCCACAGCACAACAAUUUCCUGAACAGAGACGUGGACAACUGUGACCUGUCUGCAACAACAAAUAAACACAAAAUCAAGAGGAUUGAAAAUGUGGUUGACAAGAACUUCUUCCAUCAGGCGAAUGUGCGUGCACUGUCCAAGGGGGUCCAGUCUGUCAUGGGCUACAAACCAGGUAGUGGACCUGUCGGCCCAGAAAAAGCUGGAUCAGAGACUGUGGCGGGGAAACCCUGGAAAAAGCACGGCAACAGGAACAAGAAGGAGAAAGUACGUCGUCUUAACAGCCAUCUGGACGCCUGAUGAAAACCUUUAAUCAAACUUCAAACUUGAAUGAAAGAUGAUUUCAACAGGAAUUAAAAACUUUGAAUGCAGUUCAUGUGUGAUUCCAAAGGAAUUAUUGCUGAGCAGUAGCGGUAGAUAGAUUCAUGCCUCAUUUGUAUGGAAAGGUCAGGCUGUAUUACGUUUUAGAGAUGAGGUGUGUAAACCGUCGUGCCCUGGUUUGAAAUGAUUUUGGUGAAAUGCAUUCCAUCAACUGGAUCACCUCGAUCAUCUGUUGUACACCUGACAUCACCACCGUGUUGACAAAGAGACUCAACAUCCAGAGGGUGUACCUUUUUAAAAAUGACAUUUUCAAUCUCUAUUUCCUGGAUGUUUCUGAAAGACACUUUAUAUAGUCUACAUUUAGCAGAUACAUAACCGUAUGUGGGUUAUUGCUUGAAUGGUUCUGAUUAAUGUAAAGAUCUAUUGUGAAAUAAAUUGGAAGUUUUCAUA